AUGCCGCCUCCUCGCAGGAGGCCGCAGCCCUCUGCGGCCAGCCAAGGCCGACGCUCCUCACAGGCUUCCCACCAGACGGAAACAGAGAGCUCGAAGAGGAAACAGGAAUCAGGCCAGUCGAACAAUGCCACCGGUGCGAAUAACCCAGUGGAGGACUAUGUGAAAUACCAGCAUCGCGAUCCCUUUGAUGCGCUCAUGGAACCCUUCUACUACAACAAAUCCUUGACCGAUCCCAUCAACACCGCAAGGGAUAAGUGGAACUUACUACCUGCGUUCCUGAAAGUCAAAGGUCUGGUGAAGCAGCACAUUGACUCAUACAACUACUUUGUCGAGGUGCAACUGAAGAAAAUUGUGGAAUCGAGCGGCACUAUUCGCAGUGAUAUCGAUCACAAUUUCUACAUCAAGUUUACAAACAUUUACGUUGGGUCGCCUCGCCGAGCCGAUGAGACCCAAGAUGCUGGACUUGAGUUUCAGUCGGAUGUCACACCCCAGGAGUGUCGUCUCCGAGACACUACUUAUGCUGCUCCCAUUCUUGUGGACUUCGAAUAUGUCCGAGGACGGCAACGUGUCAUUAGGCGUGGCGUUGCCAUCGGAAGAAUGCCGGUCAUGCUUCGAAGUUCCAAGUGUGUGUUAGCAAAUAAGACACCGGCGCAGAUGACUGUUCUCAACGAGUGUCCAUUAGAUCCAGGCGGUUACUUUGUUGUCAAUGGAACUGAAAAGGUCAUUCUGGUACAAGAGCAGUUGAGCAAGAACAGAAUUAUCGUUGAGACAGACCCGAAGAAAGAUAUUGUUCAGGCCUCAGUGACCAGUUCCUCCAACGAACGUAAAUCGAAGAGUUACAUCGUUAUGAAGAAGGAUCGACUUUACGUUAAGCACAAUGUUCUCAGCGAAGAUCUCCCGAUCGUUGUGUUGUUGAAAGCCAUGGGCAUCCAUACCGAUAAGGAGAUGUUGCAGAUGAUUACAGGCUCUGAUGCCAAAUACCAGGAUGAUUUUGAAGUCAACUUCGAGGAGGCCGUCAAUUUAGGAAUCUUCACACAACAGCAGGCUUUAGAUUGGAUGGGCUCUCGAAUCAAAAUCAACCGAAAGACAGGUGCCUACCGCAGGACACACGUGCAAGAAGCAGUUGAAGCUAUUGCAUCCGUCAUUAUCUCGCAUAUCGAGGUCAAGGAUAUGAACUUCCGGCCCAAGGCUAUCUACGUUGCCAGCAUGGCGCGUCGAGUUCUGAUGGCGAAGAAUGACCCUUCCAUGGUGGACGACCGUGAUUACCUCGGAAACAAGCGUUUAGAGCUGGCAGGUCAAAUGUUGGCUCUUCUUUUCGAAGAUCUGUUCAAGAAGUUCUGCUUCGAUAUCAAGUUGAACAUUGACAAAGUGUUGAACAAACGCAACAGAGCUGAGCAAUUUGAUGCCUGGAGUGUUGUGAGUAUGCAUGGAAACCACAUCACCCAAGGCAUGAAUCGGGCGAUUUCCACUGGCAACUGGAGUCUUAAGCGUUUCCGUAUGGAACGUGCUGGUGUGACUCACGUUCUUAGUCGAUUGAGUUAUGUUGCUGCUCUUGGUAUGAUGACCCGUAUUAGCAGUCAGUUCGAGAAGACCCGUAAGGUUAGUGGACCUCGUGCUCUCCAACCGUCGCAAUUUGGUAUGCUUUGUCCUGCGGAUACCCCCGAAGGAGAGGCUUGCGGUUUGGUCAAGAACUUGGCUCUCAUGACACACAUCACUACCACCGACGAAGAAGGUCCUGUGCGAAACCUUAUUUUCAUGCUGGGGGCAGAAGAUAUUUUGACUGUCAGUGGAAUGCAGCUCUACGAAUCAGGAACCUACACAAUCUCUAUCAACGGUACACCAACGGCCUUGACAAGGCGGCCGAAGUACUUCCUCAAUUCCUUCCGCAGGCUGCGGCGUAUGGGCAGAAUCUCUGAGUUUGUCAGUAUCUUCAUUAACCACCACCAACGGUCGGUUCAUAUCGCAACAGAUGAUGGCCGCAUUUGUCGACCACUUAUUAUCGUUGAAAAUGGGAAGUCUCUAGUUCGGCGUCACCACUUAAAGAAGUUACGUGACGGUAGGAUGUCAUUCGAUGACUUCCUCGCUCAAGGACUUGUUGAAUAUCUCGAUGUGAACGAGGAGAAUGAUUCAUACAUCUCAAUCUACGAGAAGGAUAUCAACGAAGCUGUAACUCAUCUUGAGAUCGAGCCAUUCACUGUCCUCGGCGCUGUUGCUGGUCUCAUUCCCUAUCCCCAUCAUAACCAAUCCCCUCGAAACACUUAUCAAUGUGCUAUGGGUAAGCAAGCUAUUGGUGCGAUUGCUUCCAAUCAGUUCCAGCGCAUUGACUCGAUUCUGUACGUCAUGGUGUACCCGCAAAAACCAAUGGUCAAGUCACGGACUAUCGAGUUGAUCAAGUACGAUCAACUGCCUGCUGGACAGAAUGCUACUGUUGCUGUGAUGAGUUACUCUGGUUACGAUAUUGAGGAUGCCCUGGUAUUGAACAAGGGCUCGGUCGACCGUGGCUUCGGACGUUGCCAGGUUUUCCGCAAGUACGUGACCAACCUCAAGAGUUACCCGAAUGGAACGAAGGAUCGCUUGAACCCCCCAGAGUACGAAAACGAUGCUCCAAUCCGCAAACAUGCUCUUUUAGACAGUGAUGGUCUGGCUGCUGUUGGAGAGCAAGUUAGUCAAGGCGAGGUCUACAUCAACAAGGUCACUCCUGACCAGGCUCAUACCAGUGGCAUCAUGGGAUCCGACACAGGAGUUACUUCCUACAACCCUGCUUCUAUGAGUUACAAGUUGCCUGAUCCCGCAUACAUCGACAAGGUCAUGGUAUCAGCCACAGAGGGCGAGACCCAGCUCCUUAAGGUUUUGACCCGACAAACUCGUCGUCCCGAGGUCGGUGACAAGUUCUCUUCCCGUCACGGUCAGAAGGGUGUCGUCGGUAUCAUCGCCGAGCAAACAGACAUGCCAUUUACCGAUUCAGGGAUCAACCCGGACAUCAUCAUGAACCCCCACGGUUUCCCCUCGCGUAUGACCGUCGGAAAAAUGCUGGAGUUGGUUGCCGGUAAGGCUGGUGUGCUUUCUGGUCAACACGGUUACGGCACCUGCUUCGGUGGCAGUCCCGUCCAAGAAAUGUCCCAGAUCCUUAUUGACAAAGGCUUCAGUUAUGGUGGUAAGGAAUUCCUCACAUCUGGAAUUACUGGCGAGCCGCUUCCUUUCUACGUCUUCACCGGUCCAAUCUACUACCAGAAGCUUAAGCACAUGGUUCAAGAUAAGAUGCAUUCUCGUGCACGUGGUCCCAAGGCUACUUUGACCCGACAGCCUACAGAGGGUCGUUCGCGUGAUGGUGGUCUCCGUCUCGGUGAGAUGGAACGUGAUUGUCUGAUUGCAUAUGGAACCAGUCAACUUCUCCUGGAACGUCUCAUGAUCUCCUCCGAUCGUCACGAGGUUGAUAUUUGUGAGAAGUGUGGUUUCAUGGGAUUCUUGAACUGGUGUCCUGCUUGUAAGACUACUCGCGGCGUCACGAAGAUGGUCAUUCCAUAUGCUGCUAAGCUUCUGAUCCAGGAGCUUAUGAGUAUGAAUGUAGCCGCACGUUUGAAGUUGGAUGAUGAAUUCCCGGAGAUGAAGGGACGCUAA